AUGGCGCCUGAACUAUCGUCAAAUUGGAAACAGCUGCAGGCCAAGAUCAAGCAAGAGUCGACCACAUCUCAAGGCCAGAAGAGGAAGGCCGACGACGGCGCUGAGGCCCAAGCCUCACAACAACCCUCGAAGAAGCCCAAGGGCAGCUCAUCGGGGCCCAAGCCGAGACUGAAGCCUCUGGGUCCCAAAUCUAGCGCCUCGAAAGCAUCUAGAAGGCCAAACAUGGGUGCCUCGCAGUCCCAGCCUGGCACAUCAGCAUCCCUCGCACUCUGGGCAGAAGACAACGACAUUUCGCCAGAGGCCGUUUCAGAAGCGUACGGUUUGGGUGCUAAGGACAACUCACUGCUUACCGCCUCUGCUGUGCGCCCGAAUGAGGGCCUGGCCCCUGACUUCGAGGUUGGCAAGUACAUUGCCAUCGACUGCGAGAUGGUUGGCAUUGGAGAAGGAGGCUACGGACACGCCCUCGCGAGAGUCAGCAUCGUCGACUUCCACGGGCGUCAGGUGUACGACUCCUAUGUUCGACCCCAGGAACGAGUAGUGGACUGGAGGACAAGGAUCAGCGGCAUAGCUCCAAAGCACAUGACUACGGCAAGGGAAUUCGCAUAUGUGCAGGCUCAAGUGGCGCAGCUUCUACAUGGCAGGAUCCUCGUGGGCCACGACCUAAAGCAUGAUCUGGACGUCUUGAUGCUUGAUCAUCCGCGAAAAGACAUCCGCGACACGGCCAAAUUUUCUGGAUUCAAGAAGUACGGCCACGGUCCUAAGCCAGCCCUGCGAGUUCUGGCCAGGGAGAUUUUGGGGGUUGAGAUUCAGACAGGCCAACACUCCAGUAUCGAAGAUGCCCGGGUCGCCAUGCUACUCUUCAGGAGAUACAAGCCGGGUUUCGACGUGGAGCAUGCCAGCCGGUACCCCGACUUUGUCCCAAAGACAAUCGAAUCUAAACCCAAGGCAAAGCCCAAGAAGACGAAAAAGAAGCGGCGGAAUUGA